CGUCUACCUCUCCGCGACACCACAGCCCUCCAAACACGCUCGCCUUCCAGCUCGCCGCGUCUUCGACCACCAAAGCCCGCAUAGGAACCACAUACCCACUUCGAGCAGACCUCACUCCGCCACCAUGUCGCGGCGGCCCAAUCCCACCGCCGACCGCGCUGAGCAGAACCGCCAGACGCUCAAGAGCCUGGUCAAGAUCGAGGCUAACAAGAGCUGCGCUGACUGCAAGAGAAACAAGCACCCCCGAUGGGCCAGCUGGAAUCUGGGCAUCUUCAUAUGCAUCCGGUGCUCUGGCAUCCACCGUGGCAUGGGUACACACAUCAGCCGAGUCAAGUCCGUUGACCUCGAUUCCUGGACCGACGAACAGCUACAGAGCAUGAUAAAGUGGGGCAAUGCCCGCGCGAACAAAUACUGGGAAGCGAAAUUAGCAUCGGGACAUGUGCCGUCUGAAGCCAAGAUCGAGAACUUCAUCCGGACAAAGUAUGAAUCCAAGCGCUGGGUCAUGGACGGGCCAAUGCCGGAUCCGUCUACCCUAGACGUAGAAGACGACGACGUACCGUUAAAGAAGGUCCAAGAGAAAGUACAGAUCGAGCGUUCCGCAUCGCAGCGUCUCGCCAGUGGUGGGGCUGGGCCUGCCCGCUCUGCCAGCUCUCGGGCACCGCCAGCACCUCAACCCGCCAUCGACCUCUUUGGCGAUGAGACGCCCGCACCACCGCGGCCGAGCACUGGGCCUCCGGCCUCGCGCGCUGUUCCGCCGAAGGCUGAGCCGGUUCCCCCAAAGCAAACAAAGGCAGGCGACUCCUUGUUAGGGCUGGAUUUCUUAGGGGCUACACCAGCACAACCAGCCCGACCCUCUAGCACAGGGCCAGCUGCUGCUGCCCCUUCCAGACCUGAUCUCAAGCAGUCCAUUUUAUCCCUAUACGCUGCGAAGCCAGCCGCAGCACCUCAACCACAACAGCAUGUGCGCCAGGAUUCCUUUGGAGGCCUCACUUCCCCACCAGUGCAGCAAUCGCCCCAGUCGGGCUUGGGGGGUCUGGGUGACGCUUUCAGCAGCCUUUCGUUUGGGUCACAGCCCCCACCCCUCCAGCCAAAACCAUCUCCGUUUGCAGGACUUGACAGUUUUUCAAGCGCCAAGUCGCCGCCUUCGUCGUCCUCAAACAUGUUCGGAGGCGGAGGCAAUUUCUUCGACUCCACGCCAAGGUCUCCACACACUACUCAGACCUUUUCCCAGAAGCGGACCACAAGCUCAUCGGGUGGCUUCGGUGACUUUGCCGCCUUCCCAUCCGCACCCUCUAAACCCGCAGCUCCCUCCUCGGGGAUGAACGACCUCCUAGACCUUUCUAUGCCUUCGGCGCCGCCUUCCGCCCCUAAGCCGGUCUCUCCGCCGAUGACGUCUCCCUCCAUGAGCUCGGCUUUCAACCUGUCUUCGCCAGCUGCUCCGCCAGCACCUGCUGCGCCCAAUCCCGCACCGGCUCCUGUGUCUGCACCCAACUAUUCUGGCUUCGCAAACAUGGAUGCUUGGGGAAGCAAUGAUGCUUGGGCCUCUUCCGGGUCUACCCAUUCGACACAUACUACUACAAUGACUAGCCACACUACUACGCCACAUCACACGCAGCCGAAGAGCCCAAGCUGGGUCGCGCCGACAGUGACACAAGACGAUGACUUCGGCGGAUGGAGCAGCGCCGCGCCGACUACAACCACGCAUCACCACACCAGCACGACAAGUAAUAAGCCGGUGGGUGGAUUCGGAGGCGGCGAUGAUCUGUUCUCGAACGUUUGGGAGUAGUUGCCUUUUUGACGGAAUGGAGGUGGGUGUUGCGUAUGGUUUAGAUUACCCCGCGGUUGGAUCAGUCAAACGCAUCAUCGAUAAGGCGCGGGUCAGUCUGCGUAGGGAGAGCACAAGCAUAUACAAAUGAAACCGGCACAUGAUAUGAAAACCUACUCUGCUUUGCCAUGAACAUAUAAGCCAGGCAUCCUUGCAUAAGACCUCUAGCUACCACUACAACGCGGAACGCACACACGCAUACAUCGAAAUAACUUCGGGGAGUACCUGUUCAGAUGAGACC